AUGUUAAAAUUUUUGAUUUUAUUUCUCAUAUGUUUUUCUUACGGAAAAACUCAACAAAAUUCUGAUGUUAUUGGUUGUGGAGGUUUUAUUAAAUCUGAAACAGAUAUUAAUUAUAAAGUUGUUCGAAUACAAUUAAUUACCAAAGAUGGCAUUCCAAUUUAUACUACCGAAGCUGCUCCAGUUAAUGGAUAUUACAUGAUUCCAGUGUAUGAACAUGGUGAAUAUAUUCUUAAGCUUCUUCCUCCACCAGGUUGGAGUUUUGAACCAACACAAUUUGAAUUAAAUAUUGAUGGAGAAACCGAUUCAUGUACACUGAAUUAUGAUCUUAAUUUUGUUUUCAAAGGAUUUGGAUUGGCUGGGCGUGUAUUAAGUGCAGGUAGUACAAGUGGUGGACCAGGUGGUGUAACAUUAACAUUAUAUCAAGAUAAUAGAAAAUUAAAUGAAACAAAAUCGAAACCGGAUGGAACAUUUGAGUUUUUUGAUGUUUUACCUGGCCAAUAUACAGUCAUUGGCAGUCACAAUCAUUGGAAAUUCAUGACAAGCACAUCACACGUACAAUUAUCAAAAGAACGUUGGGAAUUUGAAAAUCCAAUUGUUGUGCUAGGGUAUUCAAUUCAGGGAGCUGUUGUACAUCAGUCAUCACCACUGAUUUCUAUUGAUGUAUUGUUAUUUCGAACUUCAUCAAAUGAAGAUAAUCUUUCAUUGCCAACAUGUGCUAAUAAUGAACCAUUAAAUGCCAAUGAAGUUUCAUGGUUACCACCAACAAUCAAGGCACAAAAUUUUGUUUGUCGAACACGUACAAAUGCGAAAGGAGAAUAUAUAUUCAACGAUACACCAAUUGGUCUUUAUAUUUUGUUGCCAUUAUAUAAAACACCUUCACUUGAGAUUGUUUUUAUACCAGAUCAAAAAGCUGUAACAGUAACACAUAAAGAUUUUUAUGUUCAAACUCCAUUUGAAACAGGAACAAUUUCAUUUCACGGUCGUGCUGUUAAAUCAACAAAAAAAGAGAAACUAACUCCAUUAUCCAAUGUUCAAAUAAGCGUAGACGGAAAACCUUACUGUCAAACUGAUUCAAAUGGCUUAUUCAAAUUAAAAAAUAUUCGUUCAACAGGUACAAUUAAAAUCAAAGGUGAAUUAGAUGGUUAUAUAUUCAAAGAAUUAAUCUAUGCAAUUAAUCUUAAUCGUCUUAUUGGUGUUGGUGACAGUUCAACAUUACUUGUUCUAUCACCAGAAAAAGUUCGUGUUACUGGUCGUGUUCAAUGUUCAUCAAUACGAAAACAAACAAUUCGUUAUACUGAUUCAGAAAAAAAGACUAUUCAACGAUUUGACGUUGAACCAAAUUCAGAAUAUACAGUUUAUGUCACUCCUGGUGUCUACACAUUUUCUCCUGAAUUAUCUGAUGCUGACAUUCGUUCAGGACUUCAUUUGACACCCGAAGAGAUCGAUGUUGAUGUAUCACAUGGUUCACCAAUUGAUCAAAUAAAUUUUUCUCAACUAAAAGCAAAACUGAAUGGUGUUAUUCAUUGCAUUGAUGAUUGUCAAAAUGAUUUGCCAAUGUUAGAAUUAACAUCACGCGCUGGUGUUACAAAUAAAAUUGAUUUAAUUGAAACUUCAAGUAAAACCAAUGCAGUUCAUUUUGAACAAGAUAAUCUGUUACCAGGAAAAUAUUCAGUUUCAUUAGUAAACUCUAGAAAAAAUGAUAAAUAUUGUUGGAAAGAAUCUCAAAUUGAAGUAGAUUUAUCGAAUUCAAAUAAAACCAUUAAAUUCGAACAAACUGGUUUCAAACUUCGUACUCAUCUUCAAACAUCAAAUAAAGUUGUUUUGAAAAUCAAUCAAUUGAAAGAAAAUAGUUAUACACAUUCCAUUGAUUUGUUAUCAGGGUUAAAUGAAAUAUGUUUACCUAAUCAAGGUUUAUAUGAAUUGAUACCUUCAAGUUGUAUGAAAUUUGAAAAUGAAAAAUACUUUUAUGACACAUCUAAAUCACCAUCGAUACCAGUCGAUUUAAUUCCAGCUGAAUAUCAAGUGUUUGUUUUUAUUCAAACUGAAAACGAAGAUCCAAGUACUUCAACGUUUCCAGUUUUAAUAAAAAAUCCAAAACAAAAUAGUGAAUUUACACUUGAUCUACAAAAAGAUAAGAGCAAAUGGACAGGUUCAUUUUGGGCCAAAGCUAGUGAACAAUUUACCAUAUUUCCUAAAUCUGAUAUAUGGUUAUUUGAACCUGAUCAUAGUGCAAUAGCUAUCUCUUCGGAAAACUGUGAAUCUAAUCAAGUGAAAUUUCUUGCUCGUCGUGGUCUUUUUAUAGAUGGUUCAACGUAUCCACCUGUUGCUGAUGCCAAUGUAUCACUAUAUACAACUUUAAUAGAUAGUGAAAAUGAACAAUCUAUUGAUGUUGAUGGUCGAUCGAUGAGUCUUUUUCUAUCUUCAUGGACAAAUGCCGAUGGUAAAUAUAGUUUUGGACCAUUAUCGAAUACACGUCCAUACCAUGUUACAAUUCAUAAAUUGGGUCAUGUAUUUACCCGUAAAUCAUCAUCAUUAUAUGAUUUUAAUGCCGAAAAAUUAGCUUCUAUUCUCGUACAAAUAAAAGAUGUUGAUGGAGUUUUUCUUUUAUUAACAUCAUCAACGAAUAGUAUGCGCCGACGAACAGCAACAACUGAUACUACAGGCGAAAUCUUAUUUGAAGAUUUACAAUCAGGAAAAUAUUAUUUACGUCCACAAUUACGUGAAUAUAAAUUUCAACCCGAAGAUGCUGAAAUUGAAUUGAAAUCUGGUGAAGAACUCGUUGUAAAAUUUCAAGUACAACGUAUCGCAUUUAGUUGUUACGGACAAGUGACAUCAAUAAAUAAUGAGCCAGAAUUCGGUUUAAUUAUUGACGCUAUUGGUAUUGAUCAAUGUGAAAGUGUUACAAGAGAAUCAGCUAAAACAGAUAUUAAUGGACAAUUUCGUUUACGUGCACUUCAACCUGGUUGUCGUUAUCGUCUUCAAUAUCGUUCAAAUCCAACUGAUUCAGCGCAGACAGAAAUUUUAGAUAUUGAACCGAGAAAUAAAAUUGUUGAAAUCUUCGAUACAGAUUUAUAUGACAUUCACUUGUAUACAACUAAACGACCAACGGACGCUGAUAUUAAUGUUUUUGUUCAAACUCAAACACAAUUUCUUAAUCAACUUAAAAUUAAAUUGUAUAAAAUAUCACAACGCGAAAGUCCUAUUCAAACAGUGACACUAACGAAUUCACCAUUUUGCUACUUUAAUCAAAUACCAUUUGAUAAUGAAAGUUAUAUUCUUCGAUUGGAGUCACCAUUAUCAACAAGUGUUUAUACGUAUGUUCAAUCUGAAAUAACAUUUACAGCCAAUCAAACGUUUUUGUUUUUUACAUUUAAUUUUGAACCACGCUUAAAAAAUUAUGAUGGUGAAACUGGUCUUACUGGUUCCUAUUCAGCAUUUAUAAUUGCUUUACUUAUAAUUGCAUUAGUAUUCAAAUACGAGACAAUUCUUCCAUUUUUACGAUCAUUCUAUGGGUAUUCACAUGAAAUCUUAUUGCCUAACUUAGUUAAAAAAUCAUCAACACUUUUAUCUACUGCACAAGUAAAUGAUCAAAAUAUCAAAGGGACUUCUUCAACAUCAUCACUCAAUACAAUGAAUACAAAAACAAUAGCAAAUCCAAACAAUGAAAAUCUUGGUUUAACUAACGAUUCAAAACGACGACCUCGAGUCGCUGAUUAG